AUGGCCAGGCUGCAGGUCGACCCGAGCGGCGGCGCCGGGGGCGGCGCGCCAAACGCCACGGAUGCAGCGGGCCCGACGCUGCGCCUGGAUCUCUCUCAUUGGGAGGCUCUCGGCGCUCUGCACGGCUCCCUCUCCGCGCCCCUGGCCCAAGUCGCGUCGUGCACCGCGGUACAGGACCCGUGGGCGCGGGCAGGGCCCGUCACUGGCGCCGGCAGCGACGCCAGCGGCGGCGGGGGCCGCGUGCUGCGCGGCUGGCGCGCUCCAGGCACCGGCCUGCCGGGCGUCAUCGCGCUGGGCACGCUGCGCCACAGCGGGGGGCGCGACUUUGCCGCCGUCUACCGCCACCGCCCGGCGGUGGUGGUCGACUUCUCGGCUGGCCCCUGGGGCCGGUGGGUCGUGACGGCGGCGGGCGAAGGGGAGGCCGAGCGGCUCGCUGCCGAGGUCACCGCCGCCGCGGCCGCCGCCAGGGGGUGA